AGGACGGAGCCAAUAGAAAGCGGCGUUGUUGGCGGGCGGAGCACAAUGGCGGCGUUGUGUCCUGUAUGGACGCGGGUCGGGGGUCGCAGCUUUCCCCUGCUGCGAAAUUUUCCCUUCUCGCUGCUUCGAAACCCUCUGGAGCCGCUUCCCAAGACUUCCAACCCCUCCGUUCUCUGCCGCAUCCCGGUGCCGGCGUGGAAUUCCCAACAAAUCCGUGGAAAGGCCCGAGGGAACGAGUACCAGCCCAACAACUGGAAGCGGAAGAAGACCCACGGCUGGAUCAAACGGAUCAGAACUCCCGGCGGGAUCGCCGUGAUCCUGCGGCGAAUGCUCAAGGGCAGGAAAUCCCUGAGCCACUGAGGGACCCUCUGGAAUUCUCCGGGAAUUCGGGAUAACCCGCGGGAGUUCUGCGGGAAUUCGGGACGAUCCCGCCGAGCCACGGAGGCGGUGCCCAGCCCUGCUGUCCUUGUCACCCUGCGUGGCCUCUGAGGGGUUUGGGGACGCGGUUGUUACUUCAGUUGUUAAAUUGUCCUCGGUUUUUCCAUGUGUUUAUUCCAAGUUUAUUUUUGUUGUUGUUUAUAAACGUGGGAAUGCGGA